AUGAGACACUUCAGUCAACGUGUUGACAGGCACGGGAGACCGUUUGGAGAAAGUCCUUCAGAGAAGCUGACAGUUCCAAGCUACAAAAGAAGGUCUCCUUUUGCUUUCAGAGAGGAGGGAAACAAAGAAGCGCUUCAAAACCCACAGAUAAGGUCACCAACCGACUCACAUUCAUAUAGAAGAGGUGACAAGCUCUCACCCACUGGACUCGACAUCAUUGGCAGCAAAGAAAAGGCCCCAAACAAUGAAGAGGAACUAGUCAACACUCCCUACACAACUCCAGUGCAAAACCCUGAGCAUCAAGAUAAGGAGGUGCAAAAUCUCCAUGAUAACAUCAUGAUGGAGCUACAGGAUGCUACUCUCAAGUAUUUGGACAUACCAGAACCGAUUGAAAGUGAGGCAAGACGACAAAGAGUGUUAGAAGGGGAAACACAUAACCUAAUGGCAGAAACAGCAGCUAAUAUGUUGGCAAAUGCUCUUAAGACUAAACCUCUCGAUAGCAAUCAUGCUUUCUACGCGGAACUUGAGGCUGAAUACCCCACACCCCCACCAAGUCCUGCAGCAGGAACUACUCUGGCUCGUCUGAUCCUCGUCUUCAAUCUUUACUCAUGCUGA